UUGUAUGAGUGUAUCUGAAACACGAAGAGAGCACGGCGGUGGAAAAACUGCCAGAUAUCUUCUAUAAAUAAAAUCUGUUUUAACAGAUAUUUUCGUCUAGAGUUGAAUUUUAAAUGCUUGACGUCAGGAUUGGCUUGGGUUUCCAGUACACCCAGUAAGGAAGCGCUUCUUGUAGCAAAAGAUGGCAACCCAGUGUGUCUCAAAGGUGGAACUCUCCAUAUCGUGCAGUCAUCUCAUUGACAAAGAUGUAGGAUCCAAAUCUGACCCCCUCUGUGUGCUGCUACAAAGUGUUGGAGAUGACAAAUGGACAGAGAUUGACCGCACGGAAAAGGUGAAAAACAACCAGGACCCGGAAUUCUCCAAGAAGCUGCGGCUAGACUAUCACUUUGAGCAGGUGCAAAAGCUGAAGCUGGGUAUUUACGACAUCGACAAUAAAUCCGUGGAUCUAGGGGACGAUGACUACCUGGGAGGCUUCGAGUGCACACUGGGUCAGAUUGUGUCCAGUCGGAAGAUCACCAGACCGCUGGAGCUGAAGAAGGGCAAGCCUGCGGGAAAGGGCACCAUCACAAUUACGGCUGAGGAGAUCAAGGACAAUAGAUGUAUUGUGCUGGAGAUGGAAGCCAAAGGCCUGGACAAAAAGGACCUGUUUGGGAAAUCAGACCCCUUCUUGGAGUUUUUCAAGAAAGAGGAUGAUGGCAAGUGGCAGCUCGUUCACAGAACAGAAGUCGUCAAGAACAAUUUAAAUCCCUCGUGGAGAAAAUUCAAUGUGUCUCUCCACACUUUCUGCAACGGUGAUUUGAGCAAGCCAAUCAAGGUGCAUUGCUCUGACUAUGAUAGUGAUGGCUCACAUGACCUUAUUGGUGUGUUUGAAACUAAUGUAGAGGCUCUUCAGAAAGCAGACCAUGGGUCACCGGUGGAGUUUGACUGCAUUCACCCAGAGAAGCAGAAGAAGAAAAAGAGCUAUAAAAAUUCAGGCGUGGUCUGCGUCAAAACGUGCAAGUUGGAGAGGGAGUACUCAUUCCUGGACUACAUCAUGGGAGGAUGCCAAGUCAAUUUCACGGUGGGUGUUGAUUUCACCGGCUCCAACGGUGACCCGCGCUCUCCUGAGUCUCUGCAUUACAUGAGUCCGGACGGGCUGAACCAGUACCUGUCAGCCAUCUGGUCUGUGGGCCUCGUGGUGCAGGACUACGACAGUGAUAAACUUUUCCCAGCCUUUGGAUUUGGUGCUCAAGUGCCUCCUGAUUUCAAGGUUUCCCAUGAAUUUGCCCUGAACUUCAAUCCCAGCAGUCCUUAUUGCCAAGGUGUACAAGGUAUUGUGGAGGCGUACCGCAUGGCGCUGCCCCAGGUUCGUCUGUACGGCCCGACCAACUUCUCCCCCAUCAUCAACCAUGUGGCCAGCUUUGCCAACUCGGCUGCACAGGAGGCCAAGGCAUCGCAAUACUAUGUGCUGCUGAUCAUCACGGACGGGGAGAUCACGGACCUGGACCAGACGCGGCAGGCCAUCGUGAACUGCUCCAAGCUGCCCAUGUCCAUCAUCAUCGUGGGGGUGGGCGAGGCCGACUUCAAGGCCAUGGAGUUCCUGGACGGGGACGACGGCGUGCUCAAGUCCCUGACUGGGGAGCCCGUGGCCAGGGACAUCGUGCAGUUCGUGCCCUUCAGGCAGUUCGCUAGUGCUCCCAAGGAGGCUCUGGCACAGGCUGUCCUGGCCGAGGUGCCCUCUCAGGUCGUGUCCUACUUCAAGAUGAGGAAGCUGAACCCCGUCAACCCGCCUGAGAAGACCUCCAAGUAGAGCAGAGCAGAGCAGAGCAGGCCUCAAGACCAGCCAUCUUUUGAUUUGUUUGUUUUUUUGUUGUUAUUGUUUUUGUUUGUUCCUCUGUGAACUCUGUGCCUCCUUUGUACCCACGAGUACCACUUUAAAACAAACCAGGAAUAAUUACUGUUUCUGUUCCAUUUUAUUUUUGUAUUUCUUUUUUGAAAUCAUUAUUUUAUAUAUGCUGAUCAUACAUUCUUGCAAAUGUUCGCAAAACAAAAUCCCCACUGUUAUUCCUCUUAAUGGGGGGACAAGUGAAUGAAUUACAGCUGCUUGGGAUACAGCUGCCAAACUGUUGCCACUUGCACGUACACGAUGCCUUAUCUUUACUUUAGCUAUGCAAUACAGUUUUAGUAUGCUGACUGGGACACCGUAACAGCCAAACACAGCCUUGCACCUAUAUGAAAUGCUGCUUUGUGCUAACUAACCAGUGGCUGUUUAGCACCAACUAUAUAACCUCCACUGCUGCCUUAUGCACUUGAAUGUCCCCUGCUUCUAAGACAUUGUAGUUAGUUAUUUUGUUGCCUUAGCCUACCUAUUUCGGUAUGCCUUAGAGAUUUUGAGAAAUAUGCCAAAAAUGUAUGUCUAAAUGCCAAGCAUGUCGAAACUGGAAGUGUUCGCUAGCUCACCAAGUUAGGCAUUAACAUGGAAAAAGAUGUUGCCAUUAGGUUUAGGUACUCAGGAUGUUUGUUGCUCUGACUAAAAUGCACAUCAACAUAAUCAAAUUCCAACGUAAUCUUGAUGGUAACUUUUUUUUUGUUUUAAUAAGUACUUUAUCCAUUGCCAUUGUCUAACAUGAGAAAGUAAUUGCUUAUUGAUAAUCAGUCUACCCAUUAUUUGACGUGGGUCCACUUUCAUCCAUGUGGCAUGUUCCACAAGUUCCAUGUUUGUCUAUAAGGAUCACUGUGAUAUGUGCGUGGAGAUGUAAUCUGCCGUAUCCUCCAUUUUUAGUUCCUCAUUGAAUGGACUGCACUUUCUCCGAGCUACAGCAAUAAAUUCAGAAAUGCAUUCGGGUACACUUUUAGUUGUGCCAUUUUGACUCCCCUAAAGGGCCAUAUUUCCUUAACCGGAUGCAGAUAUGAAGAACCAAUGUCGUUUUAGCACUUUGAGUAAGAAAGGGAAUGAUUUAUUAUGCUGGAAUUUGUAAUCAUUUGAGGUUUCAAUUGUUGCUAUCACCAUUAGCUAAAAGAGUAAAUUGUUAAUAAACCUACCAGGAAUGAACAGUACAACAUACUGUUGGCUUUGUGGGGACCAGAAAGUGUACGCCUCUGGUGUGGCAUGCCAUGCAAUCACAAAUGUUUUGCUCUCAUCCAACAUGCUGAAUAUCUAUUUUGUAUUUUCCUCAUCUUUUCAUAAAAAGUGUCAAAAUAAAUUCACAGAAAUGUA